ACAGACGAAUUUGUUUGGUAUGUUUCGAAAGCAUGAGGGUGCAAGGUGUAAAUGCUUUCAUUAUAAGUUUUAAUGAACUUUUAACCAAUUAUCCCUUUUCCUCUAGCUUAUUAAAUAAACUUAAUUUUAGCAGCUGAGAAAUUAUAUGUGGUUAAAUAUGAAUCAGAGUCUUUCAUACGCAUGUUCUCGUCUCCAAAAUAAAUUAUUUUUUAAUGCUUUGCUAAGAUGUUUCAAUAAAUCUCAUCCAAGGACUUAUUCUAGGUUAUUAGCCUUGACAAGCCAAAAUCGAUGUUUAUUAGAGCAAAUUCCAACAGAUUAUUUCCCUUUUUGCUGGCAUACUAGAAUCUUUCAUCAAUCACAUAGCAACUGUGCUAGAGCAGAUUUGUAUAAAAUACUUGGGGUGUCCCGAAAUGCUAGUCAGAAUGAAAUUAAAAAAGCCUACUAUCAGUUAGCUAAAAAGUAUCAUCCAGAUACAAAUAAAAAUGAUCCAGAAGCUGCAAAAAAAUUUCAAGAAGUAUCCUCUGCAUAUGAGGUACUUGGAGAUGAGGCUAAACGUAGGGAAUAUGACCAGUGGGGAACACAAGAAUUUGAUGGUUCAAGAGCUGGGAAUGAAUUUAGCUAUAAAUCUGAUAUUGAUCCUGAAGAAUUAUUUCGUAAAAUAUUUGGAGAUUUAAAUUUCAAGAUGAGAAUGUCUGAUUUUGAUUAUGCUGAUUCACAUUUUGGGUUUGGAUCUUCUGAACAGGUGAUUUUAGAAUUGGACUUCUUUGAAGCUGCUCGAGGUACAGUGAAGAAUGCAAGAGUUAAUGUUGUAGAUACAUGUCCAAAAUGUGGAGGUACUUGCUGUGUUCCAGGCACAAAGAUGGUUCGAUGUGAUCAUUGUAAUGCUACUGGCAUGGAAACAAUCUCAACAGGGGCUUUUUUUAUGAAAACAACAUGUCGUAAAUGUCAUGGGACUGGUAUGUUUAAUAGGUAUCCAUGCAUAUAUUGUGCAGGUAAAGGAUCUUCUGUUCAGCUAAAAAGCGUAGCCAUUAAUGUUCCUCCUGGUAAGUAUAUUUAAAUGUUAUAUAUGUUU